CUCACAACAAGCAACUGACAUUUUUAAAAGCAUAGAAACCCUUAUCAUGAGCGAAUUAAUACGACUAAUCAUUCAAAAGCUGAAUGACGAGCCAUUUAACAGGAAUUUUAACUUAAUAUCUUUCGAUUCGCUUGAACCUGUCCGUCUUCUACAGGUUCUGAAUGAUGUUCUUAGCGAAAUAGAUAAUAAACAUAAAAUCGAUAUCAGGGAGGAGCCUCCUGAUAAGAUGGCUGUCAGAAUGUUUGAAGCUUUCAGGGUGCUUAGGUAUAAAUUACCAACCGAUCCAGAAAAGCUGAGCUUAUUUCGCCAGGGUUUAGUAACUGGAGAUAAAAUUAUCAUAUACUCUCUUUUGGAGUGGCUUCUCACUAGAAUGUCUGAGUUGAAAAAGCGUGCAUAUUUAGCCCAAUAUCUUGUUAAAGUCAGUAUUCCCGUGGAUUUUAUGCAGGAUGAGGAAAUAGCAGGACUUUAUCAACAAUAUGAAAACUCGAUUGAAAACUUCAAAGAAUGUCAUAGAAAGUUUGAAAGUGUUAAAAAUGGCGGACUUACGACCGCAGAAGUGAAGAAAGAUAUUUCGGCGAUGCAAGAGGAAAAGGACCAGUUACUCAGACGAGUAGAAAGAAUGAAAAAGAAACUGGAAGCUUUUCCUACCAGUAAUACAAUGCUAGAAAUGGCGAAAAGGUUGCGGCUAGAGCGGGAAAAGGAGACCAAAAUAUCUAAACAAAUGAGGGAACAGAAGUCACUAAUUGCGAAUACAGAUCAACGUAUUCAAAUCACUCAACAACAACUUAAAGAAUUAAGAAAAACUACAACUAAUUCGACAGCAACAGCAUUAAUACAACGUGUUGAGGAAGAAACAAAAGUUAAUCAAUAUAUGCUAUCUGAAAAACUGCCUAAAGAAUUAUUAAAUAUAAAGACCUAUAUUGAAAAUGUAACAAAAGUUGUUUCACAACCAGCUAUGAAUCAAUCUUUUCUUGAUCAACUUAAUCAACAACUACGUGAUGCAAAUUCUGAAUUAAAUAAACUAAUAGAAAAACGUAUGAUUUCAAAUGAACCAUUUGAUGAUAAAAUUUCAUUAUUUCGUCAGCAAGCUGCUAUUGUAAGACGUAAAAAAUUAGCAGCAGCUGAAACAUUAACAACAACACGUGAUAGGCUAUCUGAAUUGAAUAAUCGUCUUGAAGAAAUGAAAAAUCAAUUGGGUGUAUCAACAACUAUUGAUCAGAAUGGAGAAGAUGGCAAUGGGAUUACAAUAAAUAAGGCGUUAGAUCUAUCCUGUUUAAAGACUGAUGAAUUUCAACGAUAUGUUGCAAAACUUCGUAGUAAAAACACAAUAUAUAAGCAAAAACGUGCUCAAUUAAGUGAGUUACGCGCAGAAAAAGGAAUACUGUCGAGAACUGUUGAAAUAUUACGUAAUGAAGAGAAUGAAAUGAAAACAUUAUUGGCUAAUGCAGAAUCUGAACAUGGUACGAAUGGUUAUUGGGAAACUCAAACAAAUUUAGGCAAAAUUUCUGAAGAAAUGUCACUGUCAAAUGAACUAAAAGGUACUACACUAGAAGAGAUGUCAAAAAUUAUUCAACAACUAAAUAAUCGAAUCAAUACUAAACGUACACAACUAGCCCCAAUCAUCCGAGAACUUCGACAAUUAAGACAAAGAGCUCAGGUGAUUUCAUUCAUACUAAUAAUUCUUGUAGUAUUUUAGUGGAGAGUUUUUUGGAGUUUAUUUAAAUUUUAAUGUUGGUAUUCAUUAGACAUCAGUCUAAAACAUCGAUAAGUCUAUACAGACACAAUGGUUCAAAUGUGAUACAUUGUCUACGACGUUCUAGAUCCCUGUAAUACACGAACACUCAAAUGAGAGACAACCAAAUUAUGUUUAACACAAAAUUACAGAAUAUCUUCGUAAAAUAUGAAAACUAUGCAUUAAAUAGUUCAUUCCCAAAUAUCCCAUCAGUAGUCCUUUACAUUCUGUAUGAUUCUUUCAAUUCAUUCCUAGACUCAAGCCUUAGCUAGUCCAUAUUGUCUAAAUUUAUCAAAAUUGCCUCACUAAGAAAAAGCAGAAGUUCAAUAUUUUCAGGUUUGUAUUAAUUAUGUAAACUGACGUCGAACUGUGACGAAGAUUACCUUAUAAAAAUUGUUAACAGAUCUCUCUUUUCAUAAAUGAAUUGAAAGAAUAUGAAGACGUAAGUUGUAAGGUAUCUCACAAAGAAAUAUGUAAUCGUUUUCCUAACAGUGCGUAAAUAUAUGACUGAAGUCAAUUUCAUUCUUAUCAUUAUGUCACAAAGUAAUAUGACGAAGUGAUGAAAUUCAUGUUUUGAUAAACUAUUGAAUUCUUU